AUGGAGACGCCGGGAGCUGGUAGCAGCCGCCACCGCGAGGUACAUGUGUUGCCGAGGAACAUAGAGCAGCUCGUCGUCGACUGCCUAGACGAAGGACAAUAUCAAGUGGCUCUGACCUUCCUCGAUCAGGUCCUUGGGCCUACGGUAGUUCCAUCUAGUGAAGUUCUCCGACAACUCUUCGUAUUGGCCAGCUGUAAGCCGGAUCGGAUAGCAGACCGCGGCGAGUUCGCCCGCCCCCGACGCAAGAGGAAACGUCGAGGCGAGCCCGAGGACAUACUACCGGACGAGGUGCCGGCACAAGCUGUGGCCGCGGCCUUCGCAUUGCUGCUCCAAUACACACCGCAUCUGGGCUUCGCAGAAGCACUUCUCAGCGCCAUCACUGCCGAGGUGAGGGAAGUGAAUGGAAGAGGUUUACGCGCGAGAAGAUCUCAGUCGGGCGAUACGGAAGAGGACGAACGUGAGGCAGACCCUCUUACUUCUGGCGUACGACUGCUCAUCGAGGGUGGUGCGGGCAGCGUAUGGGAGCUUCUGAGAAUUCUCAAUGCGCAAUCAAAGGCGAGCAAGGGGGAGUGGGCAUGGCAUCUGCCCUCCACGAGUCACAGAAAGAAGAAACGAGGAAAGGAAGCGGUCCGCCCUUCGCGGCCCUCCGCCUCGUCUGUCUCUGCUGGGACAUUCUGGGACGCCUUGCAACGCUCGGCUGAAGAUCAGUGGGCGUCCAUGGAUCUCGAUCUCGACAAGGUAGACGAAUGGCGAGACGCACUAGACAGGUUCCGAGGUUAUCAAUCGGAACGAUGCUGGAGAAUCAUCGAUCUCUUCGUGUCCGCCUGGAAAACGCAAGGCAAGGCUGCAGAGCUCAAUGGAGCCUAUGUAGUUCAGAAGCGGCGUCAAACUACUCGCAGUGAUCUGGAAGACCUCCACCUCGUUCAGCAACUUCGGAGUCGCGGCUCGAGGUUGCCUUUAGAUGACGCUGGAGAGGCGCUAGACAUCGUAUUUGCGGGAUUGUGCAACCUUGGCGCCUGGGCAGAGCAACCUCGACGACUGCAAAUCUCUCAAGAGAGCCGCCUCCGGCGAGCAGAGGUUGCAGCCCGUCUGUUUCUAGAGCUCGUCCGACUUAGUCAAAUCGGAGCCUUGGAACCUUCUGUGCUUGUCCGAGGUAUCCAAGAGAGGUUCGUCUUUGCCAGCGCCAGCGCCUGGGCUGCUUUCACUGGCGUGGUGCAAAAAGACGAGCACGCGGCAAAAGUCAUAGACGAGGCCAACCUUCAAUCACUGAUGUCGGGAACUGGGAAGAACACAAGAGCAGAUGUCGGCACUUCCAAGGGACUGGUCUUUUCAUCGCAAAAGGAACUCGUAUUCAGAGCUCUCCAAGAAGGAAUUGCAUCUCAGCCCAUCAGCCAACAACCGGAUUUGAAGCGGGCUCAGACUUACGAGGAGACCUUCAUAAAGCUACAUUCUGCGCAAAGGUUCAACCUCCUGCUUGAUGGGCAGUCAGGAGCACAAGCAUUGAAAGAGUCCCAAAGUAUCAGAGCUGAAGCGGCGAAAGCUCUAGCGUCCAGUGCGCCCCAUCCAGCAGAAGCUCCACCGCAAGAAGGUCCUCUUCCCACCUCGGAACAACAUGAAGCACAGCAGGAACACCCUCUCGAGGGCAUCAAUCACGACUCUCUUCUCCGCAAAUCAGGCCGCACUGUCAGACCUCCCGUCCGAACAGGUCUGCGCAAGCUGCCCACGCACGGAAUGUCACGAGGCAAGCCUCCUUUUCGUAAAGAGCGCCGGAGCGAAGCAGAUGGAGGAAAAAGUGGUGACUUCUCUUCCUCAUCUGCCUCCGCUUCCGUCUCUCCCUCCAAGGAUCAGGCGGAGCUUAGGGCUGGUAUGCGGCAAGAAGCGAUGGAGGAGGAGGGUGGGAGUAGGGAUCCGGGUCAGGCGGAGGGGAAAAGUGGCUCAAGUCUAGAUUUGCAAGUAUGGCUCUUGGCGGUUGCGAGGGAGGAGCUCCAUGCGCUCGAUGGCACUCUGAGCGCUCAUGAUGCGAUGAGAGCAGCAGCAGCAGCGACGUCAGCAGCGUCGGAAGAGCAGUGA